AUGAAAGCAGCGGCGAUGUCAGUCUGGAUUUUUAUAAAUCUUCUUUGUUUUGGAAUGUGUGGUUAUUUAUACUUGAUAUGGUCUCAAUAUUGGAUGAGCUUAGAAAAACAAAGACUAUUUAGUAAAUCUCAUAUAACUCCUCAGAAGAAUGGCAUAUCAGGAAUAAGUUAUCAAGAUAAUUUUUCAGAAAACAUGAUUUCCAACACUGUGUUAAAUGUAUCGUUGUUGAAAGUUGAUUCUGUACGUAAAAGAUCUGUAGUUGCUUUUAAAACUGGUCAAAUGUUACAAUGGUCUAAUAAAUCAUAUGGGACGCAGGUUCGUCCGUCCAAUAACAUCGUGGUGAAGAGUCGCGGCAGUCCGAGAUUCCCAAAUAUACAUAAAGCGAUAUUGGAGUUCGAUAGCGACAAAUACGUCUGUAACGAUCUGACUACAUUAGAAUGCGAGUCGAAAACGGCUGAAUUCAAGGAGUUACUAUUAAAAGAGUUCCAUCGAGUGUUGAUGAGUGACAGCAAAGUGUUUACAUCAGGCCUGGAGUCGCAGAACCCUUACGAUGUCAAAUACGACAGAGGGUAUGUCAAGCAACUUUCUAGGGGGGAAAUAUUGUGCGCGCUUGGGAAAGUUGCUGUGCGAACCGUUGAAUCAGAAGACGAACCCUUCGCGAGCUUGGGUUAUAGAAUUCCGAAAGAUCCGUUACAGAAACAUCGUAUGUUUAAUACGUGUGCGAUUGUGACAAGUGCUGGAGCUCUUCUUGGAUCACGUCUAGGAGAGUUUAUUGAUUCUCACGAUAUGGUUUUGAGAUUCAAUAAUGCGCCGACAGAAAAUUACACCGAAGAUGUUGGUUCGAAAACAACAUUCCGUAUUCUUAAUUCACAGGUCGCUACUAAGCCAGAAUACAAAUUUUUAAGUGAUCCGAUGUACAAAAAUAUUUCCAUAAUGAUAUGGGACCCUGCGAAUUAUUCAUCGCCCCUAGACGAGUGGUAUCGUCACCCAGAUUUUCCUGUUUUUCGAGUGUAUAAAAAUUUGCUGGAAACGCAACCGGGAGCUGAUGUUCAUCUUCUGUAUCCGCAAGUUUUAUGGGAUCUGUGGACUGUACUCCAAGAUUCAUCACCUUAUCGUUUAAGAAGAAACCCUCCUUCAUCUGGAUUUAUAGGCUUAUGGUUCGCCAUACACCGUUGCAACCGCAUUCGUAUGUUCGAGUACGUACCGUCGGUGCACGCAACGCGUCGCUGUCACUACCACGCGAGUGGCGACGACACCGGGUGCACGCUCGGUGCCUGGCACCCACUCGCACAGGAGAAGGCUCUAGCGCACCGUAUGAGUGACAACGCCGAUCUCGACGUCUUUCAACGAGGCUUCAUUGACGUACCGGGAAUAAAAGCUGUCCAUUGUUGAAUAAAUAGAUUUUACAUUUUAAUAUCUAUUGAUGUCGCGAAUGCACUGUCACAUACACCUUGCUAAAUUGCUGAGACUGAUAUCUAUCUACCGUAAAAGAAAUAUUUGUAUUUUUUCAACUGUGAUCGUAGAUAAUCAAAGUUGCUCGGACAAACGAUGGAUAGUUAAAUUGUUACUACGGAUAUUACCGGUCUUUUA